GAAAGAAGUCUCCUGCUGCUUAUAUAAGCAACUAGGCCUGCAGAGCACACUCACUGAAUCCACUUCUGACUACUGAGAAAGGAACGACAUCUGCUCACUUUGACUCCCACACAGUUUGGACAUGCCUUCACUGGGAUUAGAGCUACUUGGAGUGACUCUGGCUCUGCUGGGAUGGAUCUCAGCCAUUGUAUCAUGUGCCUUGCCCAUGUGGAGAGUGUCUGCUUUCAUUGGGGUGAACAUUGUCACUGCUCAGACGACCUGGGAGGGCAUCUGGAUGAACUGUGUGGUCCAGAGCACAGGUCAGAUGCAGUGUAAAAUCCACGACUCCAUGUUGGCUCUAAGCGCUGACCUUCAGGCCGCCCGCGCCCUCACUGUCAUCUCUAUUGUGUUGGGAAUCAUGGGACUCUUGGUGGCCAUCAUGGGGGCAAAAUGCACCAACUGUGUGGACGACGAGGGAGCUAAGGCUCGGGUGAUGAUAGCCGCUGGGGUGGCCUUUAUCUUUGCUUCUCUGACUCAGCUGAUUCCUGUGUCGUGGUCUGCCCACACUAUUAUUAUGGAGUUCUACAGUCCACUCACACCCGAGGCACAGAAAAGGGAGAUAGGUGCAGCUCUACUUUUCAGAAUGUCUAUAGGUCUGGAGUUGAUAGGCAUUUCCCUGUGCAUUUUGGGAUGGAUUAUUGCCAUUGUGGCAUGUGCUCUCCCUAUGUGGAGGGUGACGGCCUUCAUUGGCAGCAACAUUGUGACAGCUCAGAUCAUCUGGGAAGGCCUAUGGAUGACUUGCGUGGUCCAGAGCACAGGACAGAUGCAGUGUAAGGUCUAUGACUCCAUGCUCGCCCUCUCCCAAGACCUCCAAGCAGCCCGUGCUCUCACCGUCAUCUCCAUCCUGUUAGCCAUCCUAGCCGUGCUCAUUGCCAUCGCUGGGGCCAAGUGCACCAACUGCAUCGACGAUGAGGCAUCCAAGGCAAAGGUGAUGAUCGUCUCUGGAGUCUUCUUCAUCGUGUCUGGUGUAAUGCAGCUCAUUCCAGUCUCCUGGUCUGCUAACACCAUAAUCAGGGACUUCUACAACCCCUUACUUACAGACGCUCAGCGGAGAGAGCUCGGGGCUGCUCUGUAUAUCGGCUGGGCAGCGGCUGCCCUCCUGGUUCUUGGUGGUGGACUGCUCUGCUGCUCCUGUCCGCCACGCGAAACCAGAUACAACGCUUCACGAAUGGCUUAUUCUGCCCCACGGUCUGCAGGUGGCCCAGGGCUAGAAAGGAAGGACUAUGUAUGAAUGGGGCCAAAGAGCAAAAGACUUUACUGAAUCUCAAACUGGUUCUCCACUACAAGACAACAGAAGGGUGUUGAGAAAAAGAGCUAAAAGAAAUGAGGAAAUUGCUCAAUACAGGAUGUGGCUGGCUUUGUCUUUAAUUUUAAAAUGUCUCUGAAUUAGUUCCUUGUUUUUCAGAGACUCAAAAGGCAUCAAAGGACUUGUGUUGCAUUUCUUUUUUUUUUGCAUUUUAUUGUAUGUUAGUGCUUUGUGUUUUUUUAAGUCAACAUGCUAAAUGUUAUCAUUGUCAAAUCACAUACUUUUUACACAGUUCUAGCUUCUUCAUGUUUACGGCUAAAUAUUUUGUUUAAAAAACACCAGUGUCACCUUUAUAACAAUGCAUUAUUGUGUACAAAACGGAGGCAUUCGAUGCGUUAUUAACAAGACUUUGUGUUGUAAAUACUGUAACAAUUGUCAUUAAUUACCUUUAGUAGUCAAGACAGAUGAAGUAUUUUAAUUGCAGCUUUUAAUGCAUAAGGAUGGUAAUUUUAUUUGGGUGGAGUUUUAAAAAAUUAGGGGUAACCUAAGACUUUAAAUGCUUCAUGGUGUGCACUGAGGCAGCGUAAUAGUAAUUUGGUUUAUCUUCAACUGACGUUAUCUUAGUGUACUGCAUACAACUGAAGCAUAUGUAUUUCACUUAUGUUGUUUUUUUAAAUAAACAUGAUUGUUUUUUAAGAUA